UAAGCCAGUCAGGAGCAAGAAGCGGAAGCCGUCAUCAUGGGGAGCGUCAACGUCAACCGCAACAUCAGCGAUGCCUUCUAUCGCUACAAGAUGCCUCGCAUCCAGGCCAAGGUAGAAGGCAAAGGCAACGGCAUCAAGACCGUGAUCGUCAACAUGGUGGACGUGGCGAAGGCGAUUGGCCGGCCACCCACGUAUCCCACCAAGUACUUCGGCUGCGAGCUGGGCGCCCAGACCCAGUUUGACUUCAAGAACGAGCGUUACAUCGUGAACGGCUCGCACGACGCCACGAAGUUGCAGGACCUGCUCGACGGAUUCAUCCGCAGAUACGUGCUGUGCCCGGCGUGCGACAAUCCGGAGACCGAUUUGAUAGUUAGCUCCAAGAAAGGCACGAUCUCGCAGGUAUGCAAGGCCUGCGGCCAUCAUGGCCUCCUUGAGAGUAACCACAAGCUCAACACAUACAUCCUCAAGAACCCGCCAAGCUUGAAUCCGGCGGUGCAGGGCAGCUCGCUAACGGAGGGUAAACGCGGCAAGCGGUCGAAGCGCGCAGCAAACGGCGCCGACGCCGCCGCCGCAACAACCAACAACGUCACCGUCGCCUCUCCGACGACACCAACGACGCCGACCACCGCCACCGCCGCCACCACCAACGGCAACCGGUCUGGCUCCCCGGAAAGCGUACACGACAACGCCGCGGACUUGAUGAUAGCGGAGCCACCCCCGCGAAAUCUGGCGAACGACGAGGAGGACAAUGAAAAGUGGGCGACGGACGUUUCGGAUGCGGCGGUACGCGCCCGUCGUCAGGACCUGACAGAUGGUGCGAAGAGCAUGACCAUGAGCGAUGAUCUCGAGAAGAGCGAGAAGGAGCGCAUGGACAUGUUUUACAAGUUGGUUAAGUCACGCCGCGACGCUGGUCAGCUCGACAACCAUAAGGAAUUAGUUGCCGAGGCGGAGAGACUGGAGAUCAAGACCAAGGCGCCGUUGAUUCUUGCAGAACUGCUGUUCGAUCAGUCGAUCGCCGCCCAGGCGAAGAAGUAUCGCGUGUUGCUGUUGCGUUUCACUCUUAACGACAUCAAGGCGCAGAGGUAUCUGAUACGUGGCAUCGAGCAAGUCAUCGCACUCCACAAAGACGUCUUGAUGCCGAAGGUGCCUGGGAUUUUCAAGUUGUUCUACGAUGCCGAUAUUCUAGAGGAGAAGGCGUUCGACGAAUGGUCGAGCAAAGUCAGCAAGAAGUACGUCUUGAAGGACCUGUCCCAAGAGAUUCACGAUAGAGCCGUGCCGUUCCUGACGUGGUUAAAGGUCGCCGAGGAGGAGGAGUCUGAGUCUGAGUCUGAUUUGGAAAUUGAGUAUGAUGAUAGAGCCAAACAGCAAUCUCUGAAACAGCAGCAACAGCCACCGCCUGUGCAAAAGCCCGCCGCUACCAACGAUGACUCCGACGAUGACUUCGAUAUCGAUGCUAUUUAAAAAACAGCAACAGCACACAGUUGUCAGACGCAUACGCAAACGGACGAGAAACAUAUUAACGUCCACACAUACGUAAUAAGAAGAAUAAUCAUUUACCCUACAUGCAGAAAACACGUGUACAAACACACAAACAUACACAUACAUACACAACACACGUAUCACAUGUACAACAAACAGAACCGGAUACAAAGAGCCGUAAAUGCAAUAUCAAGUUAUACGCAAAUUAUUAGGAUUUUCGUUGUUUUAGAUCGUUAAACGAUGUUACGAUGCCAUGUAUGUGUAAAGAAGAAAGAAAAGAAAGAGAGAGAGAGAGAAAGGGCAAAAAAGAAAUUUUAACAGUUUCCGAAUUUAUAGGAAUGUGAUUUAUCUUUGUACAGUGUGUCAUCAUAUUUUUAAUUGUUUUAACGGUGAUGCUGUUACGCAUUCGCCAUGAGGUCGUUAUUAUUUCAUUGAAUUACUGAUAUUAUUAUCAUCAUUGAAUCUUUUUAUUGUUAUCGAACCUUUUACAUAUUUGCUCGAUGCGCGUAUACCUUGAAAAGUGCAUGAGUUCCAGAGAAAAAGAGAUAAUGUUAUAGUUCGUGAUACGUUGCUGGAUAAUUGGCCUGCUAAAAACGUUCUCUAUUGUAUCUACAUUUACUAUUCUAAUAAUUAUUCAAAUAAAUAUGGUUUAAUUGCA